AUGCCGGGAUUCUCGGCCGCCGCAACGGGGGAGGCGUGUCCUAGAGCGCCUCGCUUCGAAGGACGAAGCUCGUCGCGCUCUACCCUCAACCAUCCGCUUGCGGCUCCUUUAUUAUUGUCUAUCGACCGAAUGAUUCAGGGGUACAACCUGAUUGCGAGAGCGAAAGAUGCUGACACGGAAGACUACAAGGAAACUCGUGCUGCAAUCCUGAAUCCUUCUUUUGCCAGUGCAACAUCCAGCGUGGCAGCAGCGUGCGUGUGCCCUCGGCGACGACAGGCCGUUCUGGAGCUGUUUCAGCGGUCUGCAGAAGAGGAGCAAACAGCAUCUGCUCGUCUGAAUCCUCUCAGUUGGUGUGAGCGAGUUAUGCGGUUUCUCACAUCAGAGUCGACAGCCCCAUUCGACACCAAGUAUCUGUGUGCCUAUGGGGAGAAUUCUCAAGAGCUGCGGUGGCUGGCAACAGUGGAGAAGGCGCGACAGCUGGCUUGCUUCCGAAACAGCAGCCCCGAUAACUUGAAAGAGUGUUUCAAUGCCUGCGUAUACUUCCUCUACACAAUUACCAGCAGGUGUGGUGAGCCCAGCAUCGCGUCGCUUGUGUGUAGCUUCUUGGGGACGCCGGGAGGGCUUGACGUGUAUUGCUUUAUUGGUGCGUUGAUUUCCAGUUUUACAGCGGACGGUAGUGCUUCACAACGCCAGCCACCACAAAGUUUGUCGAAACAAUCCAGAGGAGAUGCGGAGGCAUUGGCUUGCCUCAGAGAGGGUCGGUCUGGAGAGACAUUUCUGAGACUGGUGUCGGUGUAUGACAACCUUUGUCGUUCUGAAUUUGUGGUCUUGCGAGGUAAAAGCCACCGGGGGAUACGCAGUGUCCAGGCGGCGGUUGUAGAAGUCGCCGCGAAGCUUCUCGUCCAUGCUGCGUCGGUGCCUGCUGGCAUUUCCAUCCGCCUGUGGAGCAUCUUCGCCCUUUACAGCAAAGACGAGAAUAGGGAAGCGAGUGGCUCAAGGCGAGGGAAGGCAGACUUUUCAGUUGAUACGAAGCGGUACACCAAGAAGAACAGUCAUAAUAUUCUUUUACUCACGACGUCAUCUGUACGGUCUCAGGCGCAGAAUGUCGUGGAGCUCCGGGCAACUGUUGACUGCUUUCGGGAAGCCAUGCGCAGCAAGUUGUUCUUGCAGUUCUUGCGCACAGAGUUGCUAAGCAGUACGAUGGGAUUGCUGGGUACUUGUAUUUCUUCAGCGGCUGACCUGCAGAAGCAGGGAGACGAUAUGGCCUUGUCAGUGGUGGCUGAGCUUCUUGUUUGCCUAAUUACCGCAUCAUCCGCGCUACGGCGCCACGCAGUCGCUCAGAUGAACCGCGAUCCGGCGAAUGCGGCGAAUCAACACAACGGGGACGACACUUCAUCAGCUGCCGCCGAGCCUCUGGCAAAGCGCGCUCGUCAAUCCUGCAAGCUGUCGUCGGCCGCAGCGCACUUUCCAUUUCUUCUUCAGGCAUGUGCAUCUCAAAAUACUGAGGCGUGCGUUUACAUGGGAGCCUUUCUCGAGAGUUGUUUCGUUACUGGCCAGCGGCACGCAAGUGCACCGAGCGAGUGUCUCGGUGUUCAUCUCUCUCAAGAAGAUAAAACUAAGAUCUUUCAGGCGUUUACGAAGACUAUCGCCGCUCCAUGCGACAGUGAAUUACAGGCGUCAGGGGAACAAUCUGGCGCGGACAAAGGCUUUUCAGGCGUAGACAGUUGUUGCGCACAGCGUCGAGCGGCGUGCCUCUCGCUCCUCGGCGUGAUGGCUGACUGUGCGAGUUUCGCUUCGGAAGUCCAACAAAUACUUCUUGACCUCCUCGCGGAUGCGGCCAGCCGCGCCACUGCGAACGCUGCCUCUCUGGGCGCCGCCUUGGAUUUGGCCCUGGAUCUCUUGCGGUGCUGUCCGCGGCUGCGCGAGUCUGCUCUUCGCGUUCUUCGCCAGGAGGCGCCCCAUCUGUUGAGCAUCCUUGCGCAGACUGUAGUGUCGGCGACAACUCCCCGGGCCCAGAGGCGGCUGCUGCUACUCGUUUUCAAAAUGCUGACGGAGGUGCUGCCGUCGGAUCGGCGGUUGCAAGCGUCGUCUCCCCCGUGCCCGUUCCACAUUUCCUACUUCUUUCUUCCGGAGCCCCCUGAACUUUCAGAGCCUGAGUCGUCUGCCGUUGCGUCGCCUCGCUCUCCCUUCAAGGCGCCCCUCGGUGGGGACCUGUCGUCCCCAAAGGAGCCCGCGAAAGCUAUCGGCUCGUCGCCUGCAUCGCCACUUCGCGGGCGAGAGGCCACAGCUCCGUCUAUGGCGGAAGAGGAAGCAAGCGAGGACGUGAAGUACGCGGCGCAGUCCUGCUACGCUCCACGCGCGCAUCGUGAACUCGAGCCGUUCGUCCUGUUGCCUGCUCAUGAACUGCCUUUCCAUAUGAGACUCCUUCCGCUGCAACCGUGCCAAGGCGAAGAAGAGAAUGCCGACCUCAGCGCCUACGCGGCGGAACUUGCGCAUGCCGUCCGCUUGCGAAAGGAACAGCACAAGCUGCUGGAGGAUGCUGUCGCUGAGGCUCGGACUCGAGCAGACGAAGCGACGAAGCUGAUGCAGCUCACGGUCUCGGAUCAACAGUACGAGAAUGCGAAAGCCGUGCAAGAGGCGCAGGAGCGGCAGAAGGAAUUGGAUCGCGUCCACGAGGUCCAUCGCGCAGAACUGGCGAGGGUCCGCAGCGAGUGCGAAGCGCAGACCCGCCAGUUGCGCAGCACGGUCACUGAGCUGCAGGCUCUGCUAGAAGGCAAGGACGAAAAGUUGAAGAAGGCCCAAGACGCGUUGGCGACCAGCAAGCAGCAGCAACUGAGCAGCGACGGCGAGCGCAGCAAGCUGCAUAGACAUGUUCAAACUCUCACGGCUCUGAAUCGAAAACAGAAAGACGACUUGACCGCAAUGGAAGCGCGUUGUGGCUCGCUUCAUGAGGCGAAUCAGAAGUCUGUGAAAAAGCUUCACGAUCUGUCGUCGAAGGCACGAAAACUCGAAGUACGACCUAUAACCCUCGUGCAUGCCGACAAGGAAGCCAUGGUAGAGGAGCAAGAGAAGCUCUUCAAGCAGCUCAUUCUGCUUCUCGACCGCGAGCAGCAGCUGACGAUGGAGCAGAAGCGGCUGCGCGAGAGAGCGAGGGAGAACCUCGAGGCCGCCGAGCGCGCUGAGAAGCUCCAAGAGCAACUCGAGUUGCUGCGACACGAAAAAGAGCACUACGGAAGGGAGGCGGGUCAAAUGGCCUCGCGCGUGACCGCGCUGCAAACGGAAGUCGCCGCGUUGAAGGGCGACUUGCAAAAGGAGACCGAACGACGGAAGGCAGCUGAAGGGGCAGCCAGCCAUGCGUGUGACAAGACCCAGGCCAUCGCCGAAGAACUGGAACGCGUAAAACUGACGUUAAAGACGCAAGCAGCCGCUGCCGAAGAUCUUGAGAAGGUGAGUGCGGGAGGUAGUGGCCGCAAGGCGCUCAGCUACAGGUGUCUGCAGCAACAGAAGUACAAAACACCCCGCAAGAUCACCGUGCUAACGCAGUCUCAGGACGCGCGGCGUCUUGAAGCGUUUUCGCCCGCAGAGGAAGUGCAAUUGCUGGUCCCUGUCGCCGUGACUCUCUUGAACGAUCAGCUUUUUACGGCUGAAGGAGAAAGAGGAUCAGCUCGCCAAGAUCCAGAGUAUCUUCAGUUUGAAACCGUGACUGGAGGGCGGGCUCUCGACUGUGUCAAGGGCGAAAAGCAGCUCGAAGUCGUCGAGGCGGCGCACAAGGGUACACCUCCGCCGAAAGAGGCAAUGCAAGCCGAAGACAGGAAUGGCAACGGGGUAUAG